AUGGCUCAGCUCCCCCUCUUCCGUUCACAGAAGCACGUUUCCCCCAACACCGCCUCCGCCGCCGCUACAGCCGCCGUAACUCCAAUAGACAGCUCCGCCUCCGCCGCCGGCAAACAAUGUCUGCCGUGCUCCGGCGGACUAGGGCGGCGUCUGGUAAGGAAGUUGAAGAAACAGAGCAGGAUGCUCUGUACGGCCGGCCGUACGCCAGCCGCCGUCUGCGGUACUGCGGGCGGCGACGCCGCCUCCUUUCAGUGCCAGUACGAUCCGCUCAGCUACUCGCGGAACUUCGACGGCUGCUGUGCGCUCGACGACGACUCAUCCCAUUCAUAUUAUACGUUUUCUUCAAGGUUUGCUCGGCCGUUAGCCGCCGCCGCCGCCUCCCGUUAG